CGCAAAGGUGGGCGCCCUUCUAUACCGUAUCUACCUCAUUGGUACGGUACAUACACUGCUAUGCUUUUCCUUGACCACGAAGUAUAUUAUCCUCGGCAUGGAUUAGCAUUAACUGCUUCUUUCUACUAUCAGGAAUUAUCAGUCUAAUCGAAAAGAUCGACAUGGCCUCUACACACCAAUAUCUCGACAUCAUCAUUCAAGAUGACAUGAAGUAUGACAUCCGUCUCGAAAAUGCUCAAAUGGAAAGCGGGGAAUUCUACAGACUGGGUAAUCCAAAUGAUGUCCUGACCACCGAUGACAUUAAUGACAUGAGCAUUCGUCACAAUGGCGGCAGCCGAGAAGUCUGCUCUAUAAGCGAACCAGGUUCUACUUUAGGACCUUUUGGCGCGAUAGAUCUUGUUGACGAUGUGAGGGAUACAAGAAUCUGCACUCUUACCUGGCGUGCAACUACACAGCCCGGGGAACAAAAUUCAAUCGCGAUCCGUAACCACAAUCCGAAAUAUCGAGUCGAUAUCGGAAAUUGGAAAGAAUCCGGUACUAUCGGAGAGGUUCCGGUUUCUAUCGCCGAGAACUAACACUACCAAGCGUGGAUCAAAUGGAGGAACUCCGAUCGACUGCUGUGUUACAUUUGGGUUUCAUUUAGUUGGGGCUCGUUAACAGCAAGUAAAAAAGUCAGUUUUGUAUCGCCUUUAACCGCAG